CGCACCUCCCCCCCAUUUUUAACCUCACUCGCUUUCCCGCUCUCUCUCUCUCUCUCUCUCUCUCUCUGUAACCUAAUCUGCAUCCAUCUCCAGGUCUCAUCCGCGGCUUCGAAUGCAAGGAUUGAAGGCUUCUGCUUAGUUUUAGUGAUUGGAAUUGCGAAACGGAUUUGGUGUAGGCCAUGGGUGUGGUUAAAAAGGAGGAGUUAAAGGUGGAUGAAUCCCAAGAAGCUGGAGUCUCUAUUUGUUCUACAUUCUCCAACAGCUGUUCUGAUACAGCUACUCCGGCAACUGUCUCUGUUCAACGGAGGAUGACUGGUCCCACCCGACGUUCAACAAAGGGAGGCUGGACAGAGGAAGAGGACAAUCUUUUAACUGAUGUAGUCAAGAAGUUCAAUGGGAAGAAUUGGAAGAAAAUAGCUAAAUAUUUUCACACACGGUCAGAUGUUCAGUGUUUGCAUCGCUGGCGGAAGGUUCUCAAUCCUGAUCUUGUUAAAGGACCAUGGACAAAGGAGGAGGAUAAUUCUAUAAUUGAGUUGGUAAAAAAAUAUGGUUGUAAGAGAUGGUCAGUUAUUGCAAAGUACUUACCAGGUCGCAUAGGCAAGCAAUGCCGUGAAAGGUGGCACAAUCAUUUGGACCCAGCUAUAAAGAAAGACGCAUGGACUAAAGAAGAGGAGUCAGUUCUUUGCUUUUACCAUAACAUUUAUGGGAAUAAGUGGGCAGAAAUUGCCAGGUUUCUACCUGGAAGGACUGACAAUGCAAUAAAAAAUCACUGGAAUUGCUCAGUGAAGAAGAGGUUGGAUUCGUAUUUACCUCGCAGUGCUGCUAUGGAUAUGCAUGGUGCUACUCCUUGCAAGAUGUUCAACUGUGAAACAAGACCAGAAUGUGCAGAGGUUAAAGUUUUGAGACAGGGUGCAGGGGAGACGGUGUCUCUCACUCUGGAUGGAGGCUCUGAAUAUAGUCUUAAUUCUUGUUCAACUGAUCUGGUUCUUGGAAAUGCUAAUGGAGCUGAGAGCCAGUUAGAAUCAAGACAUAUUUUGGGACAGAACAUUGGUGAAACAGUCUCUAUUGAUCAGGAAAUAAGGUCAGGUUGUAGUUUUGACACUUGUUCAACUGACUUGGUUCUUGGAAAUGCCAGUAGCAGGGAAGGUUGUUUAGAAUCAAAAUCAAUUUCUUUAGGAACUGGCGUGUCUUCAAAAGGAGAGACUAAUGAUAUUGUAACUCCACUAGAUGGGUUCCACUUUGAUGAAGAAGAUGCUAAGACUAGUGGCUUGACUAGUAAACCAUGCAGAAACAAUGCUUGCUAUGAGCCCAUGUUAGACUUUUCUAAUGAUGUUUCCUUGGAUAGAUCUACUUCCACCAGAAAAAAUUGUUUUCCUUCUGAGGUUGCUCUUUCUUUAACUUCUGGGAGAAUAUUUGGAUCUCCCAAGGGGCCUGGCAGCUGUGGCUCCGACAUGAUCAACUUAAAACUUGGGACCAAAUUGGAGAGUCCCUCUUCAAGUGUAUCAAUUUUUGGAUUUGUCGAGGACAAUGGUCAAGUAGGCAAGAGACACAAAGUCAGUGAAACUUCCCUGCAUUCAGGUGAUGUAAAUAGCGGUUGUCUUGCUUAUGAACCAUACCAGCUUAAGGACUGGGCUUAUGCUUUGGGAAAUGGUAGUCUUCCAAGUGGGGGCCUAGGCAGUUCAUUUUGCUGUUCAACUCCACCUAACACUGCACACCGUAUCUCUCCUAAUGGUGUCAGUCCAGAAUCUAUACUAAGGAAUUCAGCGCUGAGUUUCAAAAAUAUUCCAUCUAUUAUAAGGAAGCGAACUCGCAAAAAACCUGGUAAUGCCAACCAUGCUGAUAAUACCCCCAUGCUUGCACUGACAAUCUCUUGUAAUUCUAGCAGGGAAGAUGUUCACAAGGCUGAAUUUGUUAAUGUAAAUCAUGGUUUGCUUUGUAAACCAGAAACUUCACUUGCUGUUGAAUCUGUGGGAAGAAACUUGGAACAUGCGUUUGAUCUGGAGUGGGGUCCCGGAAAUGCUAAAUAUUGCAUCUCAGCUUCUGCCAGUGCAUCUUCAGAUGUUAGUCUUGGCAUACGGUGUUGAUCCUCAGAGAUGAUUGAAUUGUGUAAAAAUUUUGACAUGCUGAUGCAUUCGGUAGGCCAGUAUAGCGAUUUUGAAAUUUAGAAGAGAAGAUCAACUGGAUCAUGAAGUGGAGACAUUUUGCUGCACCUUGGCUGGAUAAUAGAGAUAGGCACUGUGAGGACAUUUUAACGGAUUUGGUUGAAAUUCCAGUUUAAGUGCUAUAGAUUGGGUGUAAAUAUAUAGGUAUUUUCAUUUUUUUGGUUGGGUGUGAAUAUAUAGAUAUUUUGAUUUUCUUUUCAUGCUAUACUGUGUUGAUAGGUGUAUCUCAUCAAUUGAGUGUGAGCGAAGGCUGUAAGACUUGACAUAUAUAGGUUGGUUGUGUUUUAAUAAAAAAAAAAAAUUAAUUUUUUU